CCUACCUGUCGCUAAAGUCACACACACUUAGAGCGAAAGUAGUAAAAAAAAUAAAAAUUAUGUUUUAUGUGCAAAUCUAACUAGUAAAAUAAUAAAGAUAAUAAAAUUAACAGUGAAAUAAUAAAAGUAAUAAAAUUAAUCAUGUCACAAAAGAAAAAAGUGCUUAUGAUUUGUUUAGGAAAUAUUUGCCGUUCUCCUAUCGCAGAAGCUGUUUUUGAUGAUCAAAUUAAGAAAAUUGGUUUAACUGAUCAAUGGGAAGUAGAUAGUGCAGCUCUUAUAGGAUAUCAUACUGGUAAAAAUCCUGAUCGAAGAGCUAUGUCUGUAUUGAAACAAAGAGGACUUACUAGCUAUUCUCAUCGUGCUAGACAAAUCACAGUAGAUGAUUUUAAUAAAUAUGAUUGGAUAUUUGGAAUGGAUGUUGAAAAUAUUCGAGAACUAAAUAAACUAAAACCACAAGACAGUAAAGCGAUAAUUGAAUUGUUAGGAAAAUAUGAUCCAGAAGGAGAAACAAUAAUACGUGAUCCUUACUAUGAUGAUGAUAGUACUGGAUUUGAGAAGGCAUAUGAUCAAUGUGUAAGAAGUAUUACAGCAUUCUUACAGAAGCAUAAAGUUUCGCAGAAUAUGAUAGGAAAAAGAAAAGUACUUAUGGUUUGUUUAGGAAAUAGUUGUCGUUCUCCAAUAGCAGAAGCAGUUUUUAAUGCACAAAUUAAAAAAAUGAAUUUAGUUAAUUAUUGGGAAGCAGAUAGUGCAGCAAUUUUGGAAUAUCAUAUAGGUAAUCCACCUGAACCAAGAGCCAUGUCAACACUUAAAAAAAAUGGAAUCACUGAAUACUCUCACAAAGCAAGACUUAUUACAAAAGCUGAUUUUUACAAGUAUAAUUGGAUAUUUGGAAUGGAUAGUUAUAUAAUGGAAUACUUGUACCCGUUAAAACCAGAGAAUAGUAAGGCUAUUGUUGAAAUUUUGGGAAAAUAUGAUCCAAAUGGAGAAAUUAAUAUAAGAGAUCCAUUAUUUGACAAUGGUAGUCAUGGAUUUGAAAAAGCAUUUGAACAAUCUCUAAGAAGUAUACAAUCAUUUUUGAAAUAUCAUAAAGAUAAUUAAAAUAAAACUUGGGAAAUAUAUAUUCAGAACCGGCUUAAAUACUCUUAAACUGCAU